AUGAGCGGCGAAGUCAGUCUCCAGAGCCACGAAGAAAGUAUCAUCCGUGAUAAAGCAGCUAUGCAUUCCCUAACGCCCGUUCCUACCUCCGUCACCCUAUCUGCUGAGCAGUUUGAGAAGCUCUACCUGAGCCCCCUGACGCAGCGCCAGGGUGCGCUCUCCAAGCAGAUGGGGAAUCCAACACCCCUUGCAUUGGGUGGCUUUGUGAUCACCACAACGCCCGUGUCGUGCUGCUUGAUGGGCUGGGCUGGAGCUAGCGGAGCUGGAAUCGCAUUCACUGGACCGAUUAUCUUCCUCGGCGGCGGCCUGCUCGUCCUCACUAGCAUCCUCGAGUUCAUCCUUGGCAAUACCUUUCCCUGCGUGGUGUUUGGCACGAUCGGUGCAUUCUGGUUCGCGUUUGGUUCUACUAUGCUUCCCGCUUUCAAUGCUGCUGGUUGCUCCAUACUCGGCCUCAACGACAGACACGGUAGCAGGACUCGCGGCCCCCGGGUUCCUAAACACAUACGGUCCGUCCUUAGCCUCACCUUCGAAGCGCAGUCAUCACUAACAGAACCAGCCUUCCUGUUCAUAUCCAUGGCGGUGCUAAUGGUCAUCUUCAUGAUCUGUGCCACGCGAACCAACGUCGUCUACGUCGUGAUCUUCGCCACCCUCAUCAUUGUCUUCGUGCUUCUCUCCGGCGCAUACUGGCGUCUCGGCGUCGCGGACGCAACCGCCGGAAAUCGAAUGGUCGUGGGCGCCGGCGCGGCAUUGUUCCUCGCCAGCUUGCUCGGGUUUUACCUUCUCAUCGCACAACUGUUCGACUCGGUUGGGUUCCCUGUGCGUCUGCCCGUUGGUGAUCUGACGAGUCUGUGGGAUCGUCGGCUCAAGAGCCAGGGCGAGGAUCCCGAAUACGGUGCUGGUACUGGGGGAAAGUAG